AUGAUGUGGCCCAGCAAAAGCUCAAGACUGUUUCUGUCGUUGGAUUUGGAGGAUUGGGCAAGACAACUCUUGUUAAGGCAAUAUAUGACAAUCUUAAGAAGGAAUUUGAUUGUGGGGGGUUUUGUUAUAGUGGGUCGGAAUCCUGACAAGAAGAAAGUCCUUAGGGACAUCCUCCAUGAGCUGGACAAGCAAAAGAACAUCACUGAAUCAAAAAUGGAUGAAAAGCAACUCAUCGAGCAGCUGCAAGAAUUCCUUGCGGACAAGAGGUACCUAAUUGUUAUUGAUGACAUCUGGGAUGUAUCAACAUGGGAAAUAAUUAAAUGUGCACUGGUGGAUAGUAACUCCGGAAGUAGAGUAAUCACAACUACUCGUAUUCAUGAAGUUGCCAAAAAAGUUGGUGGUGUUUACAACAUAAAACCACUUUCUGAUGAUAACUCCAAAAAGCUAUUCCAUAGCAGAAUAUUUGGUGAUGAAGACACAAGUCUUGGUGAUCACUCAGAUGAAAUUUCCGAUAAUUUCUUCAGAAAAUGUGGUGGUGUGCCAUUAGCCAUCAUUACGUUAGCUAGCUUGCUUGUUAGUAAGCCAAGGGAUGUCUGGUGUAAGGUGUUUGACUCAAUUGGUUUUGGUCAGGAAGACAAUGAAGCUAUUCAGAACACAAGACAAAUAUUGUCUUUUAGCUAUUAUGAUCUACCUUACCAUCUGAAGACUUGUUUGUUGCACCUAAGUGGAUAUCCAGAAGAUUGUUUCAUUGUCAAAAAUAGGGUGAUAUGGAAGUGGGUAGCGGAAGGCUUUAUACCUAUGGAUCAAGAGAUGGGUGCAUUUGAGCUGGGACAGAGUUACUAUAAUGAUCUUAUAAAUAGGAGUAUGAUCCAGUCAGUAGAGCCGGAUAUUAUAGCAAUGAUAGAUGGCUGUCGUGUUCAUGACAUUGUCCUUGAUCUCAUCCGCACCUUGUCAAGCGAAUUAAACUUUGUUACAACACAAGACAAUGUGCAACUCAACCCAUGUUCGACCAGCACGAGCAGCAGUGCUCGUAGGUUAGCCAUCCAUGGUGGAUCCGUUGAGCAUAUGGAUAUGGGGCAUGUGAGGUCAUUUAAUGCUAUCAGUUUUGUUAAUCCUGUUCUGCCUCCACUUGUGAGUUUUAAAGUAUUACGGGUACUGGUGCUAGAGAAUUGUGAUUUUUCUGUAGGAGGUUGUCACCUUGAACAGCUGGGGAAGUUGGUUCAGCUGAGGUACCUAGGGCUGAUGGAAACACCUGUUACCGAGCUCCCACGUGACUUAGGGUAUCAACUCAAGUUCUUGCAGACACUGAAUAUGGAGGACACUGGCAUAAAAGAAUUACCAUCCUCUGUUGAUGAGCUAAGCAAGCUGAUGUGUCUGUGUGCUUCUGAAGGCACAAUGAUGAUGGGCAGGGUAGGGAAACUUACGUCCCUAGAAGAGCUGACGCUAUACCAUGCGGACAAAUCUCCAGACUUCACAACCGGGCUGGGAGAGCUGACGCAAUUGAGGGUGCUCGGAAUCCGUUUCGACGAGAUGGAAGAGAGCACGUACAUGGCUCUGGUCAAGUCUAUGUACAACCUGCAGCGACUCCAUAGUCUCGAGAUAAGCAAUGAUGGAGUGGAUGUUGAAGUUGAUGGCUGGGAAGAGUGGGCUCCCCCUUCAGAGCUCCGUCAGUUCGCACUGCGUGGCAUGGAUAUACCCAGGCGUCCAUCAUGGAUGAAUUCCUCUUGUGUUCGGCACCUCUCCUACCUAUGGUUUGAAGUGCAAGAGUUGAAAGCACUGGAUCUGCAAAUCAUAGGAAGGAUGUCUUCACUCCGCUUCCUCUACCUAUCAAAUUCAGUGGUAGACUGGCUAUCAUAUACUGUUGGUAGCCAUGAGUUCCAGAACCUGACAUAUCUCAGGACACACGUAGAGAUUGUGUGUGGAGAGGGAGCAUUGCCGAUGGUUGAGGAAUUGACAUGCUGUACUAGAGCGGGAAAUGACGUUGGCUUGGCUGGAAAUAUGCCUUUUCUCAAGGAAGCCUGCUACUACCUUAACUGUUGUGAUAGCAGUGGUGAGGAGGUGGACGGAGCAGAGGCAGCGCUGAGGCAAGCCGCAGAAACCCAUCCCAACCGUCCCAAACUCGAGAUAAACAGAUUCCUUGAUAAGUAUAUGAGUGAGGAUUCAGACGAUGAGAAUGACAAUGGAUCCGAGGGAGUAUCCUCUGUAGAUGAAAAGUACGAUGUGGAUGAAGAUGGCGAAUCCAAGCAGGAACUUUCGGGUACCAGCCAAGAGUCGGAUAAUGAUGUGGCGGACAAGAUGUCUCAUGUAACUAUAGAGGAGGAUGCGAUGGCCACAGUUGGUUGUACCUUUGAUGCUAUCAACAAUCUUGUUGCCAGUUGA